ACUAUCGAUAGUGUUUAACAAGAACUAACAACAAAAAGAGCAACACUCACAAAAUAGACACACAAAAUAUAGUAUCCAUAUUUGUAUGUUUCUAUGUGUGCAAUCGUGUUUGUGUGCGAGUAAAGGCGUUAUGUUUUUAGCACUCAUAACAAACUUUAAGCAAUGCCGCGUAAUUUAGGUCCUGAUUCGGGGCUUGUAGAUCUAGGCGUUGUGUGCCUAAUAUGUUUGCGCGCGGAGCCUGGAUAUUGUUCAAUUUAUGGUCAAGAUCUGGAGACACCUCAUAUGCAGAUUGUGGAUAAAAUACGUAGUUGCAGUGCAUUGCAGUUGGAGAGGCCGCUCCUCGCACAGCUGCCCGACAAAAUCUGCCAUGGAUGCCGCAACGAGCUAAGCAUCACCUAUCGUUUCCAACAGAAAUGCCUAGAAGCACAAAAGAUAUUCCAAUCGGCAGCUUCGGCCACACAGCUUGUGGACGUCGAUAAACUGAUAUUGGAGCAAACACAACAUCUCAAGUUGCCAUCCGGUCUCCGAGUAAAGCGUCUGCCAGCUGAGCCAACCGCCAAAAAAGUUAAGUAUUACAAUGACGAUGAUGAUGUUGCCGAAGUGCAUGAUGUGGAUGAUGUGGAUGAUGUGGAUGUUGAGGUGCACGCACUCAUGAUUCAGCCAGACGAUAGCGCAACUACACUCAUGCUGCAAGAUGUGGCUAGUAUCCCUUCAGAUGCUGAGGAAGACAAGGUGAUUGCACUGGAUGUGGAUUGGGCUGCCGAACAAGCGGAGCAGCAGCAACAGCAACAGCAGCAGCAACUGCAGCAGCAGCAGCAACUGCAGCAGCAGCAGCAACUGCAGCAGCAGCAAUGUGAAUCGGAGCAGGACAACGAUCUGGAGAUGGAUCAAGAGUUCGUGCACGAGCAGGAACUGGAACAAGACCAGGAGCAGGACCAGCAGCAGGACGACGAUGAUCAGGACUAUAAGCUGGCCGAGGACGAGUAUUUACCGGCACAGACCACUCAGUGUGCUCCAGUCAACAACAACAACAACAACGAGGACAACAACAUCAACAUCGAAAGCAGCGACAACAACAAUAGCAGUGGAACCGGAAACAAUGUAAUCGUCAAUGUCAGCGGAGUGCGACCACGCCGCCCCACAGAGCCCAAGAUCUGUGACAUCUGCGGCAACACAUACAAGUAUCAGCAUGCGCUCAAUGCGCAUAUGCGCCGGCACAACAACGAUCGGCCAUAUCCGUGCGAAGUGUGCCAGAAGGCGUUCAUUUCGAAUGUGGAGCUGCGUCGCCACAUGCGAGUCCACACCGGACAGAAGCCGUAUGGCUGCCUCUACUGCGAACGUCGCUUCUCCGACUUUGGCAGCAGCAAGAAGCACGAACGGAUUCAUACCGGGGAGCGGCCGUACAUCUGUGAGGUGUGCAAUAAGGGAUUCGCCUAUGCCCAUGUGCUGUCCGUGCAUCGGCGCGUGCACACGGGCAAAAAGCAAUUUCAGUGCACGCAGUGCGACAAGGGAUUCACCAAGAAAUCCUAUCUGGCCACGCAUAUAGCCCAGCAUGUGAAGCAACAGCCGGUGGUGGACCCAGGCACGGGAAUGUCACUGCGGCUGCCGACGCGAAAGCGACAGAAGCAAAAGGGGCAGCAGCAGAGGCAACAGCAUCAACAGGAACAGCAGCUGCGAAAACAACAACAACAACAACAGCAGCAGCAGCAACAAUCACAAUUGCAUUACAAUGACCGCGAUUUGGCCGUUGGAGACGAUGAUUCCUAUGAUGAUGACAGUGUCAGCGUUGGCAUCGGAAUGACCAAUCUCAACCAGGCGGGCGGCGAACAGGCCAAAGUGCUGGAAGAGUGCAUUGUCACAAAUGAUUUCAUGUUCAACGACGAUGAUGCGGACGACGCUGAGCAGAAUCUGGACGAUUAUCAUGAUACGCAGCUGGACGAUAGCGAAUUCCAGAACGUUCAAGAUGUCAAGGUGCCGUUCGGGCUUGUUAGCGGUCUACUCGAUGCCGAUGAACUUGUCAGCGAUACCAAAUACUUGAUGGAAUAGUUGUAUUGCCUCUCCCCCUGCCCCAGCCCCAGCCCCAGCCCCUGCCCACGCAACUCCAAUUACCCAAUCCAUUGACCCACCUUUAGGUCUUAAGCACGCGUGCAAAACAAAUUAGUCUAGAGCUCAUCAGCUGUGUAAAUAAAGUCGAGUUGGCAACGGUUUCCAACAUAUAUUCAAAAACAGAAACAGAAGCAACAACAACAACAAUAAUAUGCGGAUUCAGUUAUGUGGAUUGAAGCACAACUGUAUACACGAAUUUGGCGCUCCACAUGCAAGAAUUUGUCAGAGUGCUCCACAUUCAUAUAGUCCCACAUGUUCCAAAGGCCAUUUCGAAAUAAUUCUAAAAUGUUACGACUCUGUCCGACCUACAACAAAUACAAAUAUGUACAUUACUAUAGAAUACAAUUUCAAUUAGCAUUUACUUGUAACUCUCAUUUAAAUAUUUAGUUUUUAUUUAAUAUUUAGUGUUUUGUAUAUUUGCUAUAUAAAAAUUCGGACAAUUGAGCUAACAACUUUAAAAAAGGAGAGAAAAAAAACAGAGAGGUUCUCGGUUUUCGGUUUCGCGUUUAUCGCACGUUUCUGCUGGCAGAUGUGGAAGAUGAAAGAUGAGAGAUGAAACGCGAGUAAGCACGUUUUUGGAACCGGUUUUGGUGGCGAGGUCAACGCUUUGGCCAUUGCUGCCCUGCGGGCAGUGUCCAAAUGGCCAACAGAAUUAUUAACAUAAUUUAUUUUUAAGCUAUUGCAAAACUUCGCCCUAGACACGAACAAAUUGUUAAAAGAAAAACAAAAAAUAAAAAAAAACAUUGAUGUCUGCUA